AUGACUCAAGUGAUACCCUUAUAUGGCUUUGGGAUCCUUCUUUACAUCAUACAUAAGCUGACAUGUAGGGGGAAGGCUAAUAAACCAGGGAAGAACUCUGCAGUAACCAUGGGAACCAGCAAGGACACAAUCACUGCUAAUGAGGUUGCCAGGCUGCAGGAGAGACUUCUCCAACCUGAAGAGAUGAUGGAGAGGAUUGUGUCCAGGAGGAACAAUAGUUCUGGGAGUGGUAGACGAAGGAGGAGUAACACCACCACGUCAAAAAAGGAGGAGAAAUUACUCAGGCAGCUGAGACAGAUCACACAGCUUAUUCAAGAGAGCAGAUUGGAGGGAGCCUCCCCAGAGAUGGAGGCCGAGGAGGUCCCAUACGGUGCAGACUGGGAAGGUUACCCAGAGGAGACCUACACAGAGUAUGAUGAACCCUGCCUCAGACGUGGGUUUAAGACGGUUAAACUAGAGGAACCCCCCACACAGCCCACCGCUGAGGCCCUAGCAGAGAGGAUGGAGCAAGAGGAGGAAGAGGUUAUGGCAAGGAAACUUUCCAUAGUGCGAGAGGAAGAGGAAGAGGAAGAAGAUGAGGAGGAGGAGGACAUAGAAGCACAAGAUGAAGAGGAUGAAGAGGAAGAGGAAGAAGAGGAGGGAAUAGAAGAAGCUAUGGGAGUAGAGGAAGACAUAGAUGAGGAAGAGGAUGAUGAGGAGGAGGCAGAGAAAAGGCAGUUGCUCCGUCCUCCAUCAUCCCAGCCGGGUCCUGAAAGAACGACAACAAGAAUUGGUUUGGAGGCGAAGAAAGAGCUGCAGUGUAACAAUAGCGGGAAGAAGCAAAUCAGCUUCAGCGAGCACAAGGAUGUCUUCCACUACCCUAAAGAGGACACUUACGAGGAUGGGGAAGAGGACAAGGAAGAUCAGAUGGAGGAGGAGGACGAGGACACAGAAGUGGAAGAAGAGGAGGAAGCUGAUGAAGAUGACCCAGUGAUGGAGGCAGAGAGCCUGCAGUUCAGCUGUGAUGACAGUUCAAAUCCAGAGGAGGAAGCAGAGGAGGAUAUAGAAGGCAAUAUUUUAAUGUCAGCAAACGUGGAGGGGGAGGGUCGAAUCUCUGCAGACACACCCAAGGAAGUCGGGGUGAGCGGCCUGAGGAUGCGGAACAGGAGGGAGACAUAA